ACGUUGUCCCUUUUAUAAGCACAUCAUCAGACUCCAAAUAAUUUCAUCAUCAAUCUUCUCCACACUUCAAUCACAAACAACAACAACAACAACAAAAGAAACAUAAUGCAGAUUCACAAACUCUGUUUUCUUGCUCUGUUCUUAGCUAACGCAGCUUUUGCCGUCAAAUUUAACUUCAAUUCUUUCGAUGGCAACAACUUGUUAUUCCUAGGAGACGCUGAGCUUGGUCCUUCCUCUGAUGGCGUUGAGCGAUCCGGAGCUUUAUCCAUGACCCGAGACGGAACCCCAUUCUCUCACGGUCAAGCCGCCGAUAACUCCGGGGCUUCGGGCGGCGGAUAUCUCGGAAUCCUCAACAAAACCAACGAUGGAAAGCCAGAAAACAACCUCAUAUUUAUCGAAUUGGACACUUUUCAAAACAAAGAGUCUAAUGACAUUAGUGGUAACCAUGUCGGAAUCAACAUCAACUCGAUGACUUCUCUUGUAGCUGAGAAAGCUGGUUAUUGGGUUCAGACAUUAGUCGGAAAAAGAAAAGUUUGGUCGUUUAAAGAUGUGAAUCUUAGCAGUGGAGAGAGGUUCAAGGUUUGGAUCGAGUUCAGAAGCAAAGACUCUAGGAAUACCAUAACGAUCGCGCCUGAAAACGUUAAGAAACCGAAGAGGCCUUUGAUCCAAGGUUCGAGAGUACUCAAUGAUGUUCUUCUUCAAAACAUGUACGCUGGUUUUGCUGGUUCCAUGGGACGUGCCGGUUCUUCAAAUUCUAACUCUAGGGGAUUCAAUACCUCUGGUGUUUCUGACAGGAACACUGAGUUUUUACCUGUUGAGAGAAUCACACCUCGUUCGAAGCCUUCCUCUCAUGUUGAUGAGUAUGUCAGAAGCUUGUUUGGUAGUACUAGUACACACAAGUCCGGUGAAGAUGAUUCUUUAGGGAUUGACCCUUUUGUUAGAUCCUUGGAAUGGGGUGAUGUUAGUUUGAGACAGUGGCUGGAUAAACCUGAACGAUCUGUUGAUGUUUUUGAGUGCUUGCACGUUUUCAGACAAAUUGUUGAGAUUGUGAAUGCAGCUCACUCUCAAGGCAUUGUUGUUCAUAAUGUCAGGCCAUCUUGUUUUGUCAUGUCUUCGUUUAACCAUGUUUCGUUCAUUGAAUCCGCUUCUUGUUCGGACUCUGGCUCUGAUUCUUUGGAGGAUGGUCCAAUUAGCCAGAAGGAAAUCGGUAGCUCGAGAAGAGAGGAAACUGUGUCAAAAGCUAUUGCAAAAGAAGAGAAAGGAGUCUACAAUAAGUUUUUGGAGAGACGAAUCGAGAAACUUGAGGAAGAAAAGGAUCAACCUUUUCCGAUGAAACAUAUAUUAGCAAUGGAGACAAGUUGGUAUACAAGCCCUGAAGAGGAUUUUGGUUCUUCAAGUACUUGUGCUUCAGAUGUUUACCGCCUUGGCGUCCUUCUUUUCGAGCUAUUUUGCCCUGUCCCUUCUAGAGAAGAGAAAUCAAGAACUAUGUCUAGUUUAAGACAUCGCGUUCUUCCGCCUCAGAUAUUGCUCAAAUGUCCAAAAGAAGCUUCUUUCUGCUUGUGGUUACUGCAUCCUGAGCCAAGUUGUCGACCAUCAAUGAGUGACUUGCUGCAAAGCGAGUUUAUAACUGAACCAAGAGAUAAUUUGGAAGAACGUGAAGCAGCAAUCGAGCUAAGGGAUAGAAUCGAGGAACAGGAGUCGUUACUCGAGUUCUUGUUACUGAUUCAACAGAGAAAGCAGGAAUCUGCGUAUAGAUUGCGUGAUACGGUUUCGCUUCUUUCUUCUGACAUUGAGCAAGUGGUAAAGAGACAAUUAAUUUUGAAGAAAAAGGGAAGCUCACUCUCUGAGUUCAGUAAAGAUGAUCAUCAAUAUCCCUCUGGUCAGCCAUUGAUAAGCUUCCAGGCAAACAAGGAGCCAUCAGCAUUCUUGGCCUCAAGAAAACGAUUUAGACAAGGGGUUCCAGCAUUGGAAAACGAUGUUGAAGUUGAUGAAGAGAGUCAAGGAAGCACACUUCUUGAAAGCUCCCGGUUGAUGAGAAACUUCAAGAAACUAGAAUCGGUCUACUUUCUGACAAGGCGAAGGCAAUUGAAGGCUGCUGCUUCAGGAAAAUCAUUAACUAGACACUCGCCGUUAAGUAGUGAAAACGGAAGAGGUUCAAUGAUUGUCUCAGAGAAAAGUUCAGUAAGCAACCCGGCGGCACCCAAAGAUUUCUACAAUCAUGAUUCAAGGCAAGGGGGGUGGAUAGAUCCAUUUCUUGAGGGUUUGUGCAGAUAUUUAUCAUUCAGUAAGCUAAGAGUGAAAGCAGAUUUGAAACAAGGAGAUUUGUUGAACUCCUCUAACCUCGUUUGCGCCCUUGCUUUUGACCGGGAUGGAGAAUUAUUCGCCACUGCGGGUGUCAACAAGAAAAUCAAGAUAUUUGAAUGUAAUUCCAUUGUAAACAAUAACCGGGAUAUUCACUAUCCAGUUGUGGAACUGGCUGGUCGGUCAAAGCUAAGUAGUUUAUGUUGGAACAGCUACAUAAAGAGUCAAAUUGCAUCAAGUAACUUUGAUGGCGUGGUUCAGAUAUGGGAUGUUGCGAGAAGCCAGCUGGUUACAGAGAUGAAGGAGCACAAGAAGCGAGUAUGGUCCAUCGAUAUUUCAUCAGCAGACCCGACUUUGCUUGCUAGCGGAAGCGAUGAUGGAACUGGAGUUAGCAUUGGGACCAUUAAGACAAAGGCCAAUGUAUGCUGUGUCCAGUUUCCAUCAGACUCAGGAAGGUCUCUAGCGUUUGGUUCUGCAGAUCACAAAGUGUAUUACUACGAUCUUCGAAACCCCAAGAUUCCUCUUUGCACAAUGAUUGGUCAUAGCAAGACAGUGAGUUAUGUUAAGUUUGUAGAUUCAUCCACUCUUGUGUCCUCUUCUACUGAUAACACACUGAAGCUUUGGGACUUGUCGAUGUCUGCUUCUGGGAUUAAUGAAACCCCUCUUCACUCAUUCACUGGACACACUAAUUUAAAGAACUUUGUUGGCUUAUCGGUCUCUGAUGGGUAUAUAGCAACUGGCUCAGAGACUAACGAGGUUUUCGUGUACCACAAGGCAUUCCCAAUGCCAGUGAUGUCGUACAUGUUCAACAACACUGACUCUGUGUCUGGUCUCGAAGUAGAUGAUGCCUCACAGUUCAUAUCUUCGAUCUGCUGGCGAGGACAGUCGUCUACGUUAGUCGCUGCUAACUCCAAUGGCAACAUCAAAAUUCUGGAGAUGAUGGCUUGAGCCUCUCAUAGAUCUCUUGUACUUCUUCACCGCAAGAGAUUGCUCUGCUGGAGUGAUUGAUAUAGGGUAAACCAUUUUUACCAAAAAAAGAUAGGAAAGUGGAAACAUUGUGUAUAGAAUUUCUUUUGGAAAAAAAAAGAGAGGAUACAAAUAUUGGAUCUUUGUAUUUGUAUAUUCUGUUAUAAUUGAAAACAUCUCAAUAAAAAAGGUUAUAAUUU